ACACGGAAGUAGUGUACUUCUGUGUUCGUGAGAAGAACGAAGAAGAGACAAGUGCGUCUUCUUUCAGGGGCUGCCUAAUUGAAAGAACAGCAAUUUUUAACCCAGACAUCUAUCAGACAUUUUGCAGGAUGGCAGUUUUCAGCGUAUUUUUGACUUUAGCAACUCCAGCGCUUACAUUUUUCUUCUUUCUGCUUAUCGUUGCAUUUCUUGCAUACUGCUUGUAUGUUAGACACAUUCAUAUGAAAUAUGACCACAUACCCGGCCCACCGAGGGACAGUUUUCUUCUGGGACACUCACCGUCGUUUUUGAGGAUAAUGAAAAAUGGCGGAGUUGUACACGACAAAUUUCUGGAGUGGGCCGAGAAGUAUGGGCCUGUCUACAGGAUAAAUGGUCUUCAUUAUGUUGUAGUGUGCGUGUCCAGUCCAGAGGCAACAAAGGAAAUCCUGAUGUCCCCAAAGUACCCCAAAGAUAAAUUUGUUUACAAAAAACUCUUCAGCCUAUUUGGUCAAAGGUUCUUAGGCAAUGGCCUGGUAACAGCACGGGAUCAUGAGAAGUGGUACAAACAGCGCCGGAUCAUGGACCCUGCGUUCAGCAGCGUGUAUCUGAGAGGUCUAAUGGGAACCUUCAAUGAGAGGGCAGAGAAACUGAUGGAUAAACUUGCAGAUGUUGCCGACAGUAAAAAAGAAGCUAAUAUGCUUCAUCUUGUCAACUGUGUCACCCUGGAUGUUAUUGCUAAGGUUGCCUUUGGGGUGGACUUGGACCUCUUGAAGAAUAGUUCACCUUUCCCUAAAGCCAUUGAGACAUGUCUAAAAGGAAUGGUUUACUACCUUAGAGACAGAUUUUUUCAGUUCAAUCCAAAGAACAGAGGAUACAUUAAUGAGGUGAGGGAAGCGUGCCGCCUGCUCCGUACAACUGGAGCUCAGUGGAUCGAUGAGAGAAAGACCGCCAUGCAAAACGGUGACGAGGUCCCCAAAGACAUCCUGACACAAAUCAUCAAAACUGCAAGCCAAGAGGACAGCAUGACUGAAGAAGAUGAGGAGUUUAUGCUGGAUAAUUUUGUGACAUUCUUCAUUGCCGGCCAAGAAACAACAGCCAAUCAGCUGGCUUUUUGCAUCAUGGAACUUGGAAGACAUCCUGAUAUACUGGAGAAAGCGAAAAAAGAGGUGGAUGAUGUUAUUGGGAUGAAACAUGAAAUAAGCUACGAUGACCUGGGCAAGUUGGUCUACCUGUCACAGGUGUUAAAAGAGACUCUGAGAAUGUACCCCACAGCUCCGGGCACAUCUCGUCAUAUUGCUGAAGACAUUGUCGUCGACGGUAUCCACAUACCUGGAGGAAUCAAUGCUCUAUUCAACUCUUAUGUGAGCGGGAGACUGGACAAAUUCUUCAAGGAUCCACUGAGAUUUGAUCCAGACAGAUUUCACCCAGAUGCUUCCAAGCCUUAUUACUGCUACUACCCUUUUUCCCUCGGUCCUCGUUCGUGCCUGGGAAAGAACUUUGCUCAGAUGGAGGCUAAAGUGGUGAUGGCCAAACUGCUCCAGAGGUUUGACUUCACUCUUGUCCCAGAACAGACCUUUGACAUCCUGGAUGCUGGCACGCUCAGACCAAAGAGUGGAGUGUUGUGCUCUUUGAGUCACAGGGAUUACAAAAAUAAAUGAUCUUAAAGUGCCAUUACAUUGGAACAGGUCAUAGGUAUCUAUAUGGUGGGGCAGAGUUUUUACUCGUGUCUGAAAACUGAUUUUUUAAAGAAAACCUUGUAAUGAAAAUAGCCUCAUGUAUGAUCAUAAUACAUAAUAUAUUCAUAUGAAAUGCUUAUAACUAUUUUUAUGUCUUCACUGGAAUAAUCUGUAUUAUGGAAAAAAAUUUUUGAGGAAGCUGGGAUCAAUACCAUUUGCUACUGUAUGUAUGUACACACAUAUACACACACAUAUAAAUAUACACAAACACAUACUGUGCAAAGCUAAUUUCUUUUAUUUUGCUUAGAAAAUAGGAACUAAGAAUACUGACUCUUAGGCACCUUUCUUGUCAUUUCCUUUCUGUUAGUAACAAUUUUCCUAAAUAUAAAAGACACUUUCAAAGUUGUCUGUUCUGUGUAGACACAUCACUGAUGCAUCACUUGAGUUAGGUCCCUGUUGUAUGCUUGAAUGAUUAAUGCCACUUUAAAUAAUUAAAGGAAAAUCUGGCUCCUUGUAAGCAAAAUGUAGAGAAAUGAGAAAAGUGGCUCAAGUGUUUUGCACAGUAUUGCAUAGCCAGUGAGUCACAGAACUGCCUAUAACACUCAUUUAAGCAUGAUUUUUGUGUAAAUGAAAUAAAACGGAAAUACAAUGUCUGUUUUGAGGCAUUGCCCCUU